GGGGGUGCUAUAUAGAACCAUGCAGGUUCUUAGCCAAGUAAAUUGAACCUUUUGCCUAAAAAGGGUUCUAUUUCAUGCACGCGAGGGUUAUUUGAACUUCAACGAAUUUUUAUGGAACCAUUCUGGACUUGAUUUUAACGAUUAUAAUGGUGGACAAAUGGACCAAAGACGAGGUUGGCAAGUGGCUCCAAAGUUUGCAUUUGGUUGAUUACAAAGAAACCUUCAGAGGUAUGCCUAAAUGGAUUUCUUCAAAUGCCCAUUCUGUGAUGUGGUGAAAUUCCAGUUAAGGAAGUAUUUAACACACCUGCAGUUAUUGCACAACCAGCAACCAAACUUCAAUAUUGUCUACAAUGUAGACAGAUGCAGUAGAAGUUACAGAAGUGUUGCAUGUUUAAGAAAUCACAUUUAUAGAAAACACAGAGAAGCUUUACAGCCAACAAGUUCCAGUUCAGAAACAACAGUGUUUGAGCAGGUACAAGAGGACGAUGUUUUCGAUGUAGAUGAUGAAGAUUGUGAUGAAGUAAAUGGAAGAUCUUUGCCAACAAAUGAUUUGGACACACUUUUGUCUGGACUGAAACAGCAUGUGGCUCUUUUUAUUUUAAAUCUCCAAGAGAAGCAUCUUUUACCAAAAGUGACGCAAGACACAAUUGUCACAAAUCUACAAUUUGUUUUGAAGUUCUUUCACCAAAAUUAUGAUGAAAUCAUAAAAUUCCAUUUAGAAAAUUCAGGCUUCAGAUUAGAGGACCACGAAGACUUGGAUGUUUUGCUGUCCAAUGACCGAGUAUUCGAUUCUGUAUUUGAGUAUGUGCAGUCAGAGUACAAAGUUCUGCAGUAUAGUAAACAGCAUCUUCAUCUGGUAGAGCCUGUGCAAAAGGUUCUAGGUAGUAACAGCCAGGGUGGUGAAGAUACCUUUCAGUAUAUACCAAUAACUGAUGUUCUAAAGACCCAUUUGGAGAAACAGGAUAUUUUUAAGUCAUUCCAAAGGACCUGUGAGAGAGCCCCAAAUACUUUUCUUUUAAAUGACUUCACUGAUGGGGAGAUUUUUCAAGGAAGUCCUUUUUAUGGUGAUUCUAGUAUUGUGAGAUUGCAUCUCUAUACAGAUGAAUUUGAAGUUGUAAACCCUUUAGGCUCCAAAAAAUCAAUUCACAAGCUAACAGCAUUUUAUUUUACAAUUGGCAAUCUUGAAUCAAAUUUUACAUCACAAUUGAGGUUCAUACACCUCUGCAUACUGGUGAAGCACAAAUUACUCCAAAAAUAUUCAUAUAGAGACUUUAUACACUGAUGGGCUCUGGAUCUCCUUGAAUCAGCAACAUAUACAUUUAAAGUGCACUCUAGCUACUGUUUCAGCAGAUAAUUUAUCAGCGCAUAGCUUGGCAGGAUUCACCUGCUGUUUUAGCAGUGGACGUGUGUGCAGAUUUUGCAUGGUCACCUAUAAGUGCUUGAAGUCCCAUGUGAAUGAAGACAAACUUAUAAUCCGAUCCUCUCAGUUGCACAAGUACCAUCUGGAAGCACUCAAGGAGAGUAGUGAGGUUUCUAAACAGACAUAUGGUGUGGUCAGCAAAUGUCCAUUUAGUGAGCUGGACUACUUUGAUGUUACAAGAGCAUUUCCACCUGACUUGAUGCAUGAUUUCUUGGAGGGCAUUGUACCUGUUGUGAUUUGUCACGUCAUCAAGGCAUUACAUUCCAUGCAUAUCGUCUCACUGACCGACAUCAAUGCUGAGUUAGAUGCUUUCAAAAUAGGAAGGAACGACAGGAGCAACAUCCCACAGCAGUUAUCUCAAAGUGUCUUAAAACAGACCAGACUACAAGGGUCUGCAGCACAGAAUUGGUGCCUCUUCAGGAUUUUGCCAUUUCUUAUAGGACAUUAUAUCCCACAAGGUGAGGUCCACUGGGAUAUUUACCUGAAGUGUCGAGCGAUAGGCGAAGUAAUAUUUUCCCCCUCCAUAAGGAAGGGGGUAAUCCCUCUUCUCUGUCAACAAAUAGGUGAAUUCCUUUCUGAUUUCCAGUCUGCAUUCCCCGAGACUUUCACCCCCAAGCUUCACUUCCUCAUACACUA